UUAAUUUGCAGUUGACAUCACUGCUGGGCUUAACAUGCAAAUAGUUUUAUUCUUAUAUGUGCAUAAAAACAAGAUAGAGUACAAAUUAUUAAAUAUCCACUCUCUGCCCUAUAUAUAUUAAUACAUCAUAUAUUUCAUGUAGAUGUUUUCAAUACUAUUUUCAUAUUUAUUGACCUUAUUUCGCGUAUAUAUAAUGCUUCAUUGUGUCAGAAAAAUAGUCAUAUAUACUAUAUGAAUGAAAAUGUGAACAAUUAUCAGUUGAAAAGAAAAUAGCCUUUCUUUUUACUUGAAGUUAAACGCCAACUUUUACGCCACCAAAGUCCCAUUACUGGCCUCUUCCCGGUUAUGAGCACUGAUCAGGAGGUGGGUUCGGUACGUGAUAGCGGUUACUGUGCAGCUGCUGUUUGGAGUUUAUAUCAAGCUUAUAGACGCAUAGACGAUGGUCGUGGUAAAUCCUAUGAGCUAGGCUAAUCAACAGUGAAGUGCAUGCGUGGCAUAUUACAAUGCUGGAUAAAGCAAGCUUGUCGUGUCGAACUUUUCAAACAGAGGCAAUCCAAUCAACAUGCUCUACAUAGUAAAUUUCAUUUGCACACUGGGGAGGAAAUAUAUUCCGACGAUUUUUGCAAUCAUUUGCAAAUAGAUGUGGUCUCUUUGCAUAUAAUUUUUUUAGUUCAAAUGAUUACUUCGGGUUUGCAAAUUAUCUAUACGCAGAUGAAGUGGCUUUUAUCCAAAAUUUGGUAUACUAUGUCGAAAGAGCUUAUCGUACACCAGAUUAAAGAUUACUUAAAUUACCAGUCUUCUUAAUAUAGACUGCAAUCGAAGGCGACCGCGAAGUCCUGCUCAGCCAGGCCAUUGUGUCAUCCCUGAUUGGCACAUCAAUUAGCUUAAAGUUUAUCGGAAUCGAUAACGUGGUUGCACUCCGUAGUCAGUAUAGUUUCCAGCAAAAUGCAGCUGCAAAUCGUACCUGUACUCCUUUUUUUAGAUUAGUAGUCGCCACAACAGAAGACAGCCUUUAUAGGAAGUUGCCUUCUCUCCAUGGACGAACCGCAACGCGACUAGUUCUCUUGAAUCGUUCUAAAUCUGAAUUAUGGGACGGAAACCUUUUUUAGAAACAUGUAUACCUUUUUUUCUAUUGCAAAAAUUAUGUUAAACGCUAUUUUCGACAUAUUUCAGAGAAUGUUGAAAAUUUAUAGAAAUUCACUGGUAAGAUAAAUUGAAUUAUAUAAUAAGUUACUUUCCAAGAAAUCUUUGAUUUCCUCCGAAGCAAUGACAGCUAAUUUACUUCUUUCAUUUCGUGAACUAGUUGUUUUACCUAAAAAGUAUUAUAGCAUUUUAAUUGUUGUAACUAUUAUUAAUGAUUAAUACAGUUAUAAAAUACUAAUAAUCAAUCAGUUUGAAGUAUUGACUAGAGAAUUUAUGCUAGACUUUAAAAGAAAAUUGAAGCUAUUAACUUCUAAAUUUUGGAU